UUUGGCUCUGGAAACAGCUGGUUCAAAGCAAUCGCCAUGUGAUGAUCGUCUGGGUCGGGUUUUUUUUUUUUCAUUUGGGGGGGGGAGGGUGCAGGUUUCUGACCGCAGAGAAAUACUAAUAAGAAUUUCCGAAACAACAGCAGCAGCAACAACAAGAGCAACCUCCCCCUUCCCCAAACCUCCUCAGCCGUAACAGCCCCCCCAGCCCCGGGCCCGCUGCACCCCGCCCCGCUGCCUCCCCCCGCUCCCGCCCAGGCUGCAGCGACAGGGGCGACCCCCGAAAGUUGCGCGGAGGCGAGAGCAAUGAGGCAAGAGAGAAGUUUUUAAAAACAGAAAAAUGUGAUUGCAUAAACAUCGUUGUUGGCAGGAGGACUCAGUGGGUUCAGAUACAACUGUAAGUGCUGCCUGUAUGAAAGAGCUGAGCCACACCAUCCAGUAAAUUGUCUAGAGCAGCAGUUGGCUUGCUUGGAAAUCACUUCCAGGACUGCGUUGUUGCUCCAGCUGAGUUGCCAGAACACUGCCCCACAGAACUUUGGAGGGUCACUUCUUAAUGGAUUGCUGCAGCCUCUUAAUUUCUCCAUUGAUCCUGUUCCCUGCAUCGUGAGAACAUUUUAGCCAGCACAGAACCUAGAAAAGUUACAUGGUGUGAACGGCAUGUCUGUGGAUGAGAAGACUGACUCCCCCAUGUAUGUGUAUGAGUCAACGGUGCACUGUACCAAUAUUCUCCUCUGCUUAAAUGACCAGCGGAAGCAGGACAUUCUCUGUGACGUGACGCUGAUCGUGGAGGGGAAGGAGUUCCGCGCCCACCGCGCUGUGCUGGCUGCCUGCAGCGAGUACUUCUUGCAGGCCUUGGUUGGGCAGACGGAAAAUGACCUGGUGGUCAGCCUGCCGGAAGAGGUCACUGUCAGGGGAUUUGGUCCAUUGUUACAGUUCGCCUACACUGCCAAGCUGUUACUCAGCAGAGAAAACAUCCAGGAGGUCAUCCACUGCGCCGAGUUCCUGCGCAUGCACAACCUGGAGGACUCCUGCUUCAGCUUCCUUCAGACACAGCUGCUGAACAACGAAGAUGGCCUGUUCCUGUGCAAAAAAGACACCGCCUGCCAGCGCAUGCACGACGAGGAGAACUCCGAUGGAGACGAGGAGGAGACGAUGGAAUCGGAGACGUCAAAAAUAUCUUGCCCCAGGGAGAGGAUGCACCAAGAACCCUUCAAUUUUGAAACCACUGUUGCUGGAGCGGACAAAGGCGAAGGGAUGCUGCCUGACUCUGACAUGCUGAGAGAUAGCAAGGACAAUUUGGAUAAAGAUGCAGUAACACGGUACCCCAGAUACAAGAAAUACCAGCUUGCUUGUACCAAGAAUGUCUACAACACAUCACACAUCAGUACCUCAGGUUUUGCAAGCACAUUCAGUGAAGAGAGCUCUGGAAAUGGCCUCAAAUCAGGACUUGCUAUGGGGCAGAUAAAAAGUGAGCCUCAGAAUGAAGAGAACGAUGAAGAAAGCAUCACACUUUGCCUGUCUGGAGACGAACCUGACAUCAGGGAUAAAGAAGGGGAUGUUGAAAUGGACAGGAAACAGCCAAGCCUCACUUGUGUCGACAGGCCAAAAAGUGGGUCUUCUCCUUCUUGCUUGCGGUCUUUCUUCAACAGAACAAAAAGCAUAGAUUUGGUUGGCUUCCCCAGCACUUCCCAACAGCACUUUGGCAGGAGUCCAGCAUGCCCUUUUGAAAAAGGGACAACUCAGGGUGACCACAAAACUGAUUAUGUCCCUUUCACAGGGAACUAUGGACAGUCCCAUGCCAUGCAGAAGGAUGCUUCCAACUUCACAGUGGGAUCACCACUCAGGGGGCCCGGCUUUGAAACUCUCUGUAAGCAAGAAGGGGAACUGGACAGGAGGAGCGUUAUAUUCUCUUCAAAUGCUUGUGACCAAGUAAACACUUCGGUGCAUUCAUAUUCUGGUGUGAGCAGCUUGGACAAAGACCUCACUGAGCCUGUGCCAAAGGGUCUGUGGGCCGGCGGCAGCCAGUCCCUGCCCAGCUCCCAGACCUAUUCGCACAGCGCCCUCACGGCCGAUCACCUGCCGGGACGGAUGCGGCCCAACACCAGCUGUCCGGUGCCAAUUAAAGUUUGCCCUCGCUCUCCUCCUCUGGAAACCAGAACCAGGACCUCCAGCUCGUGCUCCUCCUACUCGUACGCGGAGGACGGCAGCGGCGGCUCUCCCUGCAGCCUGCGCCUCUGCGAGCUCUCCUCUUCCCCGUGCUCCCAAGGCCCGCGGUUCCUGGCGCCCGAGCACCAGGAGCCCGGCGUGGUGGGCGAUGGAUUGUACAACCCGGUCCGAGCCCAGAUUAAAUGUGAGCCAUCCUAUGGAACAAACUCCAGCGAUGAGUCUGGGUCAUUCUCAGAAGCAGACAGUGAAUCAUGUCCUGUGCAAGACAGAGGGCAUGAGGUGAAACUUCCUUUUCCUGUUGAUCAAAUCACAGAUCUUCCAAGGAAUGAUUUCCAGAUGAUGAUAAAGAUGCACAAGCUAACCUCAGAGCAGCUCGAGUUCAUCCACGAUGUCCGCCGGCGCAGCAAGAACCGCAUCGCAGCCCAGCGCUGCCGCAAGAGGAAACUGGACUGCAUUCAGAACCUGGAAUGUGAAAUCCGCAAGUUGGUGUGUGAGAAAGAGAAAUUGCUCUCAGAAAGGAACCAGCUGAAAGCGAGCAUGGGAGAAUUGCUAGACAACUUCUCGUGUCUUUCCCAAGAAGUGUGUAGAGACAUGCAGAGCCCGGAACAGAUCCAAGCCCUCCACCGAUACUGCCCCGUUCUCAGACCCAUGGAUCUACAGCCGGUCACCACCAUCAGCCCCGCCCCAGCCGGCGUGGAGCAGAGCCUGGUGGGCUCCCAGUGCGUCGGGGAGAGCAUGCAGUGCUGCUCGGAGCAAGGCUCGGUGCAGCUGGGAGCGCCCUGGCUGCCCAACAACAUCUCGGAGAAUUGUUCGGCUGGCGCGGGGCUGGAUGGAGCCGACGCAGGUACUUACCCCGAGAGAGAGCUUCCACCCGAGCAGAGCAGCCAGACGGUCACGGUAGACUUCUGUCAGGAAAUGACUGAUAAAUGUACAACAGAUGAACAACCCAGGAAAGAUUACACCUAGUGACUCGUAACCUUAACGUUACACCUGGUCAGGUGUUCUUCAGUCAGCCAGUGGCAGUGUUCAUUUGUUGUCUAGAAGAACGUAUUUGGUGCACACUACAGUGGUCUUAGCAGCAAUACUGUUUUUAAGUAUUCCCUCCUCUCUACAAGCAGGAGUUCUCUUCACAAUGGUGCUAUCCCUUGCUCAGGCAGGGAACGAAGCAGUGGCAACACUGUCUGUUUUUGUAUGUUAUUUCAAUCUUAACAGGGAUGGACAUAACACCUCUGAGGACCCAACCGCAGCUUUUUUCUCAGUGGCCCAUGUCACAAAACCCUAACUCAGGAAUUUCCUCUGAAUGUUCAAUUUUUCAUUGAAGACAGCUUCUUUACACAUCAAAGUUUUAUAGCUAAACUGUACAUAUUAUAUAUAAUAUAUAUAAAAUAUAUAUAUCCAUAUGCAAGAGUCCCUGCAUGCCUCAAUUUUCUCAUCCUACAAACUGGAAGCUUUCAUUUCUAUUGUACAAACAAGUUCCAACAUUCCUUUUUGUCUUUGAUGCUAGAACUAGUUUGGUAACUUGUUACACGAUAAUUUUUUCCUCAGUUCGCAGUUCAGCAAUAGCAUUCAAUUUGUACUUAUUUAUAAAACUUUAAUGUCGGAAACUUAUUUGAGAUUUUAUUAUAGACAAUUUUUUUUGGCACAGCCAUUUCGUGCCACUUGAGCAAUGUGGAGUUAUUUUAUUUUCUUGCAGAUACUGUACAGCAAUGGUCAACUUUGCCACUUGCACUGAGUUUCUGGUCAAACCUCUUUUCAUAAAUGAAGUCAUGACUUCAGAAUAACUUGAGUAUAUGGUUUUCUUUGCUUUAUGGCUUAAAGGAAAUAGAAAAUUUUUAUCUAAUAGACAAACACUCAGGAGCUCAUUAUGUAGUAAAAACAGUCUUGCCAAAUACUGAAUUCACUAUACAAUUUGUAAAGAGAAUCUGCUUGAAUUAUUUUUAUAUUUAGACUUCUUUCUGUUUCACAAACCAAGUUUAAGUGCUGUUAAUGAUGCUUUUGGAGUCUUAUAGGGGAAAGUAUAUUUCACUCUUUAGAGAAAAGUGUAUUUGACAACUGGAUCAAUUCAUCAAAUGUUCCACGAGGUAAAGCAAACAGAGAUCACGUCAAUAUACCUGGGGGCUUUUUCUCCAGCCCCACUCUGCAUCCUUUACUCAUGGAAGCAACUGCUGCUCCGGCUAGUCCCCAGAGCCUGACCUCAGCUGUCCUCAGACAUUACCUGUUCUCCCCACCAGACCCAAGUGGCAGAGCUGGGUCUGGUGAAGUUACUGACCCUGCCUAGGUAGGCAGAGUUGCAGGAUCAUACCCCUAGUUGUUGACUUUGGCUUCCUUACGGAAGUCCAGCUAGCACUGUAUCCUCUAAGAGCAAAACAUACGUUUGCCAACACCCAAUUUGGUCACUUACCCAUCAAAUUGUUGUGUUCCAGGAUCCUCUCAUCCUGCAGCAUUGCCCUCAGCACAAACUGCAGCUAAAAGAGCGCUGUCUCAAAGGAGACUACUCAGUGAAUUGGCUUAGUUGUAACUGUAUUGGACUUGUAUCUUAAUGUUGACUCAUGUUAUGACUGUGUGAGACAGCAGCUUUCCAAGCAUAACAUCUGUAUGUACAGUGUAGACAGAAGAACAACCUCCUAAUGCUUUUUUUUUAAUAAUUAUUACUAUUCUAAGUGUACUGAGUUUUUAUUUUGUGGUUCUUUGCCCUACGUGUGCCAGGUUGUGUGGCUUUAUCGACGACAACUGUCAUGUGCUUUAUUGGCUGAUAUUGUUUGUUCUCGCUGAAAAAAAAAUGACCAGCUGUUCACACCUGUUAAAAAAAAAAAAAAAAAAGUGUGGGGAAGCAGCUUCUCAGAAGCACUAAGUGAUAAUGUGUUCUUCUGUGCUAACGUUUACACUAGAGGUGUGCGCUGGUGGUUUUUUGAGGCACUCAAGUAGAUCAGCAUCUUGAACCCUGGAGGAGGAAUCAGCUCCCUCUCUCCACUUUCUUCCAUCUUCAGACUGUGCUCAUGGACUGUCGCCCACUCGCCACAAAGUCUUGCUUUUAUCCUCCUCAUGCAAACUAUUGUAAUUGUAGCCAAGCUACUGAGGAGGAACUGCAUAUAGCAUGUGCCAUGUUUGUUGAAAAUACUUUUUUUCCCCCCGCAUGUACAAAGGAAAACUAGUAUAUAAUGUAGGAGAAUAUUUAUGUUUAGGUAUUAAUCAUUACUGUACAAAAUCCUUACCUUUAAAUGUUCAAAAAUAUACAAAUGCCAUAAACUCCUAGUUCAGACGGUUGAAAAAGGGGGAGUUCUCCUUUCUUUUUAAAAGAGCUUAACCUAAAAAUAUCUGAACCCCCUCCCAACCAUCCUUUGCAGGUAACUUCACUGAGAAGCUCUUUGGUGGGGGGGGGUGGGAUUUGAUUUUCCUUUUAAUUUGUUGACGUUGCAAAGCAGUUCUGUGCUUCGCAGAGAAGUUUUGUUUCUAUGAGACCAUGGUGAAAGCUAGAAUUUAAAACUAAAUGUGAAUCACAUUAUAGAGU